CAGUUCAGCACCCUUCUGUCUGAUUUAAUGCAUCAGUGCAGAUGCAAUGAGGUUUGAUUGGUUUGAACCCAGAUGCAUUGGCUGAGUACGCUCUAGUGUCUUGUGACAAGAAGCGUCUUGAACUCAGAGGAAGUGAGGAGAGACAGGAUGUCUGAUAACAGUUAAACACUGCAUACAGUACAUCAACUGUCAUUGUUACAUGACACUCACCCUGCAGAUCAAAGCAAGAAUGUUCAGCCUAUUCUCUCUGAUUUCUCUGAUCAUGAUUCCUGUGAUCUGCAAACAGGACUGGCAGGUUCAGUACUCAAGUAUGAUGAAAUGUGCCCUAAAGGGUUCAGCAAUACAUUUGUCAGGCAGUUAUAAACACCCAAAUUAUCUCACAGUGACAGAGAGAUUCUGGAUUGUAAACCCAAUUAAAGAUAAAGAACCCGUCAAUCUGUUGAAUCAUCCAGAUUACAGCGGCAGAGUUCAGUAUUCCCCUGAUAAAGAGCAAACUUGUGUUCUCAAACUCAGUAAUGUGACACAUGAGGAUGAAGGAAUGUACUGCCUCAAAAUCGUGGCAAAAGAAGACAAAUAUCUGUUUUUUCCUGGGAUUGAUCUUAAAGUGACAGAGCUCAGAGUGGAGAUUCCUGAAGAGGUCGUAGAGGGAGAAUCAUCUGUUUUAGUUUGUAAAACCACUUGUAACCUCUCAGAUAAAACAAACUUUACCUGGUAUAAAAACAGCAAGAGUUUAUCAGAAUCGAUCGACUCGUAUCAGCUGUUGCUGCAGUCGGUGAGCAGUGAUGAUUCUGGAAACUACAGCUGUGCAGUGAGAGAUCAGAAACAUCUGCUGUCUCCUGCUGUCACUCUCAGUGUCAGAUAUCCUCCAAAGAGUGUCUCAGUGUCCAUCAGUCCGUCUGGUGAAAUAGUGGAGGGAGAUUCAGUGACUCUGAGCUGCAGCAGUGACUCAAACCCUCCUGCUCUGAACUUCAGCUGGUUUAAGGAGAAUCAAAACUCAGCUGUUGGAUCUGGACAGAGUUUCAUCAUCUCCAGCUUUAACUCCAGUCACAGCGGACGCUACUAUUGUGAGGCUCAGAAUAAACACGGAUCUCAGAGAUCAGCGUCUGUGUCUGUAACAUCUGCAGAAAGAGGCCAGACAGCUGUUCUGUAUGCAGCGGCUGGAAUUGGGGCGGCGCUCAUCUGCAUCUGUAUUAUUAUUGUAGUAAUAAAAACCAUCAGCAGGAAAACAGGAGAUGCUGGUGGCAAAAGUAGCAUUUCAAAACAGGAAGAAAACAUCAGCACAGCCGUGACUGAUCAGACGAGUGCAAAACCUCCAAAAACAGCCGAUCCAAAUGACUUAGUGUAUGCCAGCAUCACUCACAGCAGACCCAGAGAACAGCAGAGAGCUGGAGAUGAAGACGAGGUUCAGUACGCCACUGUCCAGCACCACAGAAACACCAGAAACACGACUGCGGAGGCCGAAUGUCAGUAUGGAAACACUGCUUCUGCCGGAUCAAAUACUGAAAAGGCGGAAGAUUCUGAUGUGAUCUACAGCAGCAUCAAAUAUGCAUGAAGAUUCGGAGCAUCUGGUCACAUCACUGAACCUGCUCCUACAUUUUCAUUCAUUAAAAUCGGCAUUAAAUAGAAGUUGCCACUAAAAAGUGAUUCUGCUUAACAAACAAGACUUUAUUUUAUACAUCAAAUAGGCCUACAUUUGGACGGAUCGAUCACAGUAAGAUGCAUUAAGAAAAUAAACGGUGAAUUUAAAUUUUUACUUUUUGUUGAAAUGUGCUUGUGUGACUGUGUGCAGUGACUUUAAAUAAACAACACUUGUGUGAGAAACAGGACGUGAAACUAUAAGAGCUGUGAGAAAUCAUAUGCAAAACUUCCAUUUCUGAAUGGAGGAGAGGUUUCAUUACGCUGAAUAAACUGCUUUUGUGAGGAGACUUAAGUUUAACAUUUUCUUGUCGGCUAAUCUUUUCCAUUAAAUAUUUGUUUCUCUCAAAGCAAACAUGUUUCACAUAUUCGUACACAAGUCUUUAACAAUAGUGAUUCGGAUGCUGUAUUUAUUUGCCUUUAAAAUAUGCAUUUGUUUGUUUAUGUUAAUACUACGUUUAGAAGAGUUAAAAAUGUUGAGUAAACAAUAAAAUAAGGUAUAUUGUG